AUGGCCAGCGGGGAUGGCCUGGACUUGCAUGAGGAGUGGCAGGAUGACGACUUCCCCAAACCCCUGCCGGAGGGGUGCCCGGGGGCCGGGGGUGCCCCGCGGCGCAUGCGGAGGCGGCUGCCGGUGCUGGAGCGGUCCAAGAGCACCGAGCGCUCACCCGACGCCAGCAUCAACCUCGACCUGGACGCGCUGGAGACGCCCUUGUGCAGCGAUGGCUUCGAGUGGGAGGAGGAGCUGCCGCACUCCUGGGGCUUCGCCGAGGGGGCUGGCAGCCGGCGGGUGCCGGACAUGGAGGAUGAGCGGCCGGAGGAGAGCGUGGAUCUGAGCGCGGUGGAGCCCUACAGCCGGGUGCUCUCCCACGGGGGGUACCACGGUGAGGGCUUCUGUGCCAUCCUGCUCUUUGCCGCCUGCCACCUCCCGGACAGCAGCAUUCCCCGGUACAGCUACGUGAUGGAGAACCUGCUCAGGUACAUCGUAGGCACCCUGGAGAGAACGGUGGCCGAUCACUACAUCCUGGUGUGCCUGAGUGGGGCGGCAGCACGGGGGCAGAUCCCCUCCUUCGGCUGGAUGAAACGGUGCUACCAGGCUCUGGAUCGGCGGCUCCGGAAGUGCCUCCAGACCGUGAUCAUUGUCCACCCCACCUGGUACAUCAAGGCACUCGUGACGCUCUCCCGGCCCUUUCUGAGCUCCACCUUCAGCGGCAAGGUCCGGUUUGCUGCCAGCCUGCGGGAGCUCUCCCAGCUCGUCCCCGUGGAGCCAGCGCACGUCCCCGAGCCCGUCCGGCGGUGA